AUGGCGCAGAAAACCCAAAAUGCCAGCAACUCUGACGACCAAUCUGCCAGCACCACCCCGUCCGCACCAGACGCCUCAGAUUCCGCGCAACCUUCGACGUCGGGUGCAACGACGUCCAAGGCUGUCGUCGCUGCACAAAAAGGAAACCAGACUGACGUUGACGCUGCUUCUCGCAACACAUCCCAACCCAUGACAAAGUCAUCUUCAUCGGGUUCAGACCCGGCUGCCAAGGACGCUGCUAUGGAGGCUGCCAACCCCUAUGGGACACGCUCACGAAACCGCACUGGAUCGUCGCGUCCCAACUAUGCCGAGGACAAGGACAUUGACGUCGACAUGUAUGAUUACUACCCCGAAAAGAAGGAUCAAGAGUCCAAAAAGUCGGCGCGUCACAGUAACGUGUCAGCGACUUCCAUCCCGGAGCCCGCGCGCCCCAACGGCUCAUCCCGUAAAGCUCUCACAUCCGAUGAUACCAAGUCAAUUUCUUCCCAGAACGGCGCCAAGGAUGCGCAGCCUGUCAACCCAGCUCCGACCACUACACAAACAUCAAACUCAACCGGAACAGCCCAGCCCACCAAAAAGCGCAAGGCCAAUUCGCAAGCUGCGACUUCUCAGGCCCAGGCAUCAUCGGUAACAUCAUCCAGCGCUGGCACGGUGGCAUCGCGAAAAGCCGCGUCGGGCCCCUACGCUAGCUCAUAUGCAGAGACGAACAUGCUCAGUUUUGAGAAUCACGGUGCGAAGCCCCAGGAUGGAAAGUUAGUGGCGGAUGACGGGACCGUACUAGCACCCAAUGACAACGUCUAUCUCGUGUGUGAACCCCCAGGCGAGCCUUACUAUCUAGGUCGCAUCAUGGAGUUUCUCCACACACAGAAUGACAACACCAAGCCAGUGGACGCACUUCGGAUCAAUUGGUUUUACAGACCCAAAGACAUUGGCAAGAAGGUCAACGACACCAGAUUGGUGUUUGCGACAAUGCAUUCUGACAUUAGCCCUCUCACGGCUCUGCGUGGCAAGUGCCAAAUCCUGCACAAGGCCGAAAUUCCCAACAUGGAUGAGUACCGGAAGACGUCAGAUUGCUUCUGGUAUGAAAAGCUGUACGACCGCUACAUUCAGAAAAAUUACGACCUCAUUCCCACGUCAACCAUCGUGAACGUGCCCGAGAGGGUUAAGAAAGUGCUGGAUGAGCGCUGGAAAUUCGUUAUUGUGGAGCAGGGCCGCGGAAAAGAGUUCACUAGCGCGGUGAAGCUCUGCAAGCGAUGCAGCGGCUACUGUGCAAGCAAUGACUCCGUUGACUGUGCUGUUUGUAAGAAGACAUAUCACAUGAACUGUGUCAGGCCUCCGCUGCUGAAGAAGCCUUCAAGAGGUUUUGCGUGGUCCUGUGCUGCAUGCAGCCGCGCUCAGGAACGGAAGUUGGAGGCCCGCCACACGCCUAAUCUGCUGGAUCCCGCUGGCGACGACGACGACGAUUUGUACGACGAUGAUGACGAUGAGAUGCAAAUCGACACCGAGCGAACGAGUCCCGCCGACGACCAUGAUCCGCAUCGUACCGGUACUGCAGAGCAAAUCUACCAAGCAAGUCUCUGGCCUUGGCGGUAUCUCGGAAUGCACUGCAAGCCCGAAGACGCCUUGGACUACGACGACAGGAUCUACCCUCGUGCAAGCACCCGCAUUGGUCCAAAGCACCAAGCCACUGUUCUUCCCUGGCCCGGUCAGCCAGUGCAGUAUCAGAAGCCAUUGGAGAUUAAGAGGGCGGGUAAGAAGGAUCCCAAGCUGUCAAAGGAGGCGCAAGCAGCUUUGGAAGCCGAGAAAUCACGACGCGAAAACCGUCCCAAAUGGGUGCAGGAUGAGCCGCCAGGUUAUGUGGCGAGAGGAGAGGAUUGCGACAGUGACGACCCGAAUGCGACAUCCACUCGAAUCUGGAUGCCGCCUCCAGACACCGACAAGAACCAGGGAUGGGAAGAAAAGCUGGAUCAGUACAUGGAGAAGGCAGAAGAAAUGGCGCCCAAGUUCGGUUUGCCCAAGAAUUCGACCAACCUUCACGAUGUGGCCCUAGAAACCUAUUUCAACAGCGGCUACAAUGCAGACCGGGCACUGAAGCUAUUUGCCGAAACUGAAAAGGCAGCCUUCAAGGAGCCAGAUCUAACAGCUACGGAGCAGAAAAAGUUUGAAGAGGGAGUUGGCAAGUACGGGUCUGAGCUUUACCUAGUCAAGCGACACGUCAAAACAGUCCCACCAGGGACUAUCGUCCGGUACUACUACACCUGGAAAAAGACACCCCAGGGCAAGCAGAUCUGGGGCAACUUUCAGAAUAGAAAAAGCAAGAAGGAGGCCAAGAAGGCGGAGGUGGCUGCAAGCAAACUGCAAGACGAUAUCGCCGACGAUGGAGACGAUUCAGCGUUUGAUGCAGACAAAGCGCAAAGCAAGAAGAAGGGCUUUAUGUGCAAAUUCUGCCACACCAAAUACUCCCGACAGUGGAGGAGGGCACCGAAUGCUUCGGGUACACCGGUCAGCGAGGCCGCGGGUAAAAACUCAAACAAGGAUAAGGGAGGACAAUACAUUCAAGCGCUGUGCCGGAGGUGCGCAGAGCUUUGGAGACGCUACGCUAUCCAGUGGGAAGACGUUGAUGAGGUGGCUAAGAAGAUCGCACAAGCUGGUGGCCGAGCCUGGAAAAAGCGGCAGGAUGAGGAGCUCCUCAAGGAGCUUGAGGCUGCGAAGGAGAUGCAUACGUACUGGAAUACGCCUCCGCCUGUCAACCCUCCCGAGCCGGCUACUGCUGCUACCGCAGCGCCUUCCAGCGAGCCCCCUCGGAAGAAGCUCAAAGGAGCUGCUCCCGACCGAGAUUCAGAAUCAUUGGCCUCCGACUCCGCUCCGAGUCACCCGAAAAAGAAGGAGAAGGCUGCAGAGAAACCUGCCCCUCCGCCGGCACCCGAAAUCCCGAAACCUCGUACGAUGCCCUGUGCGGUUUGCAGCCAGUUGGAGCCCCUGGGAGAUCAGCAUCUGUCCUGCAGGGAAUGCCGAAUGACUGUUCAUCGCAACUGCUAUGGAGUUGUCGAUAACAGAAAUCCCGGCAAGUGGAUUUGCGAUAUGUGCGCCAAUGACAAGAGCCCCCAAGUCUCAAUUCAAUACAAGUGUGUCUUGUGCCCCAUUGAGCAUACGGAGCAUGACUUUGUCGAGCCACCCAAGGCCUCUGUGGCGAAGAAGAAGUCGGAGAAAGAAAAGGAACGUGAAAGACUUGAGCGUGAACAAGCACAGAAGACGGCAGACUACUACAGGAAAAAACAGGAGGAGACAAACCGACCAGUUAAUCCGCGAGAACCCUUGAAGCGUACUGCCGACAAUAAUUGGGUACAUGUCACCUGUGCGGUCUGGACACCUGAGGUCAAGUUUGGCAAUGCUAAAGCGUUGAGCCCAUCAGAGGGCAUUCCUUCUAUCCCUCGCGUGAGGUAUGACGAAGUUUGCAAGGCCUGUGGUCAUAAGGGUGGUGCAUGUGUCGCCUGCCACAACUGCCGCAAUCCUGUUCACGUCGAGUGUGCUCGCCAGCAAGGCUACCUCCUUGGGUUUGACAUCACGCCAGUCAAAGGAUCGCGCAGGGAUCAAUUCAAUCUUGUCACCAUCAAUGGUGAGAGUGGCGUCAUGUCGGCUACAGUCUGGUGUAAAGAGCAUGUGCCGACUAAAACGAUCGUCCACCGAAUGCAUGACAUAGUCAACGAAGACGGCUUGAAUGCCCUUCAACUCUAUGUGCAGAGCUACAAGCAGGCAGAUCUGACCUUAACCGGCACAGUCCGUAAAGCCAACCUCAUGACGAAUGCUGCAAAAAUGGGAGGUGUUCCGCUCACGCCAGGCGCUCGACGAGCCUCAACCACCACGCUUCCUGUUAAUGGUGUUUCCCAUACGGCAAACAGUGAGACACCAAACAACCACCAAGCUGGAGAAAAGAUCUGCAUUACCUGCGGCAUUGACGUUAGUCUCAAGUGGUGGCCGAUUGAGAAUUCCGACGAGCGAGAACUCACGAACGGCCACUACGGAAGUCUCGGUUCAGAGGCUCAGAAGUUCGUGGAGCAGAGAAAAUUUCAGUGUCACAAGUGUCGUAAAGCCAAGCGGAAGCCCAAUCCGCAUCCACCAAAGGACCCUUCUCCAAUUGUAGAAGCGGCGCGAUUAGUACCUCCCCCCCUCCCUGUGGUUCCGCCGCAUCAUGCCCUCGCCGCACCGCCUCCACCUUUGAGAAGUCCUCCAACGACUGGGCCAGAGGCGAGAGCACGCAGUUUGUCAUCAUAUGCCUGGGUAGCUCCAGCUCCGGCUCCGGCCCCAGCGCCGGUCCCAGCUUCGGUUCCAGCUGCGGCCCCAGCUCCUCCGCCUGCGCCUGUCUCGCAGCCUGCAGUGCCUCCCCCAGCUAUUCCUACAGCACCACCGCUAGUUCAAACGGCACCGGCACCGGCACCGGCACCACCACCCAUCCCUCCACCUGCUCCUCACCAAGGCCCCGGGCCGUACGGCCCCCCUCCGCCAGCUCCGAGGUAUGGGGAUUGGCACGGCCGCCCUCCCCCACAGCACAGUUCGCCCCCGCAGCGGCACCCGCCGUUCCAGCCUCUGUCAACUUUGCGUCCUCCGCCGAUGGCAGUGCCGCCACACCCUCCGAUGCCGACGGCCGUCCCAAAUGGACAUAUUGGCCAGCCAGCACACAGCGGAAUGCCGCCUUCCCCCCUCAUGGCAGGUCCCAUGUCUCACGGAUCACCGUACAUGCACCCCUAUCGGCAAAGCCCUCACGCACCACCUCACGGAUUGCCCAACGGCGGACCAGCCCCGCGAGGCCCCGAUGCUUUCUCCCAGGGACUAUUGCCUCAGCGAGCACCGUACGGCAGCCCCCCUGCACAUGAGUCUGGAGGUCCUUUGAGGACGCCCAGCAUGCGACCGGCAAAUGACCCUCCCCGGCCUGCGGGCGCCAGCACUAGCCCAUCUUUACGCAACCUGCUUUCUUAG